UUGAUUCGUGCGGUGCAUACUAAAGCUCUUCCUUAAAUUUUACUUUGAUCUUUGAGAAAUUUGACUUUACUUUCUUCCCAGUUCCCACCUACCCGUUCGGUUUUGCUUUUUUCAAUCUUCGAAAACCCUUUCCUUUGGCUCUAAAAAUCUUCAAACCUAUAUAAGCACAUCCUCUUCAUCUUCUUCUCUCAGAAUACACAACACAAAGUCAAUAUAAUUAUAGUAUAUCCCUAUGAGUAGGAGUUCGGCGAUGCAUGGAAUUACAAGCACAAACAACAAGUUGAAGGGAGUUCGGCGUCGAAAAUGGGGCAAAUGGGUGUCGGAGAUUCGUGUUCCGGGCACGCAAGAGCGUUUGUGGUUGGGAACCUACGCCACGCCGGAGGCUGCCGCGGUGGCUCACGACGUUGCCGUCUACUGUCUAAGUAGGCCUUCUUCGUUGGACAAACUUAACUUCCCCGAAACCUUGUCUUCGUACAGUGUUCAGCUCAGGGACAUGUCUCCGAGGUCUGUGCAGAAGGUGGCUUCCGAUGUUGGCAUGGAUGUUGAUGCAAGAAACAUUGUUGCGGGCAAAACUUCAACGGUGGGGGCAGAAACUAAUUGCGAGAGUGAUGAGAGGACUAGUACUGCGUCUGUGUGUAAUGUUGUUGGAGAAGGUGGUGCUGAUCAUUCGGAUGUGUUUUGGUGGGAUGAUGAUGGUGGGUCUUGGCAUGGAAGUGGUGGAGAUUCUACGGAAAGGGAUGCCUUGAGCAUUUCCAUUGAAGAUUAUCUUUAGCUGUUCUAGGUUUCAACUUUAGUUAUCUUUUUUUUUUUUUUUUUAUGAUCGAUGCGCAUAGUUAGUAGUUACAGAUAAUUACUGCUAGUGUUGGUGUUUAAACGGUCAGAGAUGAUGAUAUAUAAUUUGAUGUGCGCUAGCUGCCUUUUGAAGAAACUAAAAAAAGGUAAAACAAGAAAGAUUGUACCCCCAAAAUGAACUUGGUCAAUUUCACACUUUCACGCCAUUUGCAUUUUGUGCA